AUGGCAGAUGACGACGUGCUAGUGGCUUCGUUCGAGCCUUCGGAUGCUAAAAGACUAACCAACUCCACCAACACCAAUUUGCUUGUGGAGUCUCCCAUUUUGGCAUCCGCGUUAUCGAACAUAUUCCCCUACUUACUACUUCUUGACAAUGUGUUGGAGGUGAUCACAUGGACCAAUGACGAUCCGUACCAGAACUUUUUGUUCAUUGUGAUUUAUUCCUGGCUAGUCAUGUAUUGGCAUUCCAUCAGCUAUAUUAUUUUGCCCAUAAUUAUGUCAAUAACGUUCUCGGCUCUUGUAUGGUCAAUCAGUUCUGUGAUAUAUGAUUCAAAAUUCGACGAAAAGCCAACUAUAGACGAGAUCCUUCAUACUUUGCACAAUAUCACUAUUCGCUUCGAUAUGCUUCUUAGACCCAUGAAGCACAUUCCGUUUAAGUUCAAAAACUACGUCAAAUUACUCGUGAUGUCGGCUCUCCUCACACCACUCCACUGGUUUAUAGUGUCGUACAUAGUACCUCCCCAGAAGUGUGUCUGGUUCCUGGGGGUGUUUAUCUUGACUUACCACUCACCGUGGGCAUUUUCCAUCAGAAGACUCUUGUGGCGUUCGGUCUACGUAAGAAUUGCCGCAGUCUACUUGACUGGUUUAGAUAUCAAGAUUACUAAGAAGUACAACCCUGCUGACUUCCAGUCUAUAUCUCGUGUACAGAGUCCCACGUCUAGUGAUAUUGAAGAACUCAACAAUGUCCCUCUACUCACGGACUUCAAGAUUUUGAAGAAAUCUAUGGUGUCUCCUACCCAGCUUAAACAGAUAAUCUUGUUUGAGUUGUUAGAGAACGAAAGAAGAUGGAUAGGACUCGGCUGGAGUAACCUUUUGUUGCCCAACGAAAGAGCAAACUUUGUCCACGAAAAAUCGUUGGCUGCGGCCCCUUCUGUAGAAAAUACCAGGGAUGACUAUCCAUUUCCAAUUUUUGAAAACGAUAUCUACUCGUACCUGUGGGACUGGCUCGACACAGACUGGAGACUCGACAGCGACUUCAACAACAAGGGGUCCAAAGACGGCUGGGUGUACUACGACAACAAUUGGACUAACGGAUCCAACAGGGAUGGAUUCAGUAAGUAUACCAGAUCAAGAAAAUGGAUCAGAAAAGCUAUACUUUUGAUAGACAAACGGGAAACGGUUCAUGACGCAUAG